AGAGGACGCACGUUUCGAGUAAGGAGAGUGACUUUUUUUUAUUUUAAUUUGGAAUAUUGAUAUUUCAUGGUUAUAAUGGUAGUCAAACAGAGAAGAAAACUAAAGUAAAAGAAUGGGAACUGAUAGUGCCACCGAACAAGUCAUUCUUGCUACAGGAGGCUAUGAUCACACAAUUCGUUUUUGGCAAGCUCACAGUGGAAUUUGUCAAAGAACUGUUCAACAUGCAGACUCUCAGGUGAAUGCCUUGGAUAUCACACCAGACAGACAGUUACUUGCAGCUGCGGGUUACCAACAUGUAAGAAUGUACGACAUCAAUUCCAACAAUCCAAGCCCAGUGAUCAACUAUGAAGGCGGACAAGGAGCGACCAGGAACUUUACAGCUGUCGGUUUUCAAGAAGAAGGAAGAUUCAUGUUUACUGGAGGGGAUGAUUGUUAUGCCAAGAUUUGGGACCUUAGAUCAAAGAACGUUCAGUGUCAGCGAAUUUUCCAAGCUAAUCAUCCUGUCAACACUGUUUGUCUUCACCCUAAUCAGGGAGAACUUUUCAUUGGUGAUCAAAAUGGUUUAAUACAUGUCUGGGAUUUAAGAACCGAUCACAAUGAACAGUUGGUAGCUGAUGUAGACAUCUCAAUCCAACACUUGCACAUAAACUCGGAAGGAGAGUACCUGGCCGUGGUUGAUAACAAGGGAAACUGUUAUAUCUACAGUCUUCACAGCGAAAAUGAAAGUCGUACUUCUCAACCUCAAAGAAAACUUAAACUCCUGGCGCACAAGAUAUACGCUUUGAAGUGCAAGUUCAGUCCAGACUCUCAAUUACUUGUAACAACAUCUGCUGACAGUACAGCCAAGAUCUGGAGAAUUACCGAACUCCUUGGAAUUAAAAAUCAGAAUGAAACGCAACAAGAAUGGAGCAAUAGUGUACAAUCUCAAACUGGAAAAGGCUGGUACACUCAGGAAGCAAUGCCUUUAGUAGAGUUGAAGGAAGAAGGCCAGCGGUGGGUAUGGGACGUAGCGUUUAGUGCAGACUCUCAGUAUGUUUUGACAGCUCAUUCUGACAGUCAUGCGCGACUCUGGAGUGUUUCCACAGGAGAAGUGAAACGAGAAUAUAGCGGUCACCAAAAAGCUUUAACAGCUUUAGCUUUCAGAGAUGGUUCAUGAAUAAAUGUAUGUUCAACUGUAAUGCUAGUUAUUUUGUAAAUAAAGCUUUGGUAAUAGUCAAAAAAUA